GACACUGACAUUCAUUGUUCAUGGCCAAGUACACUGAUUCUAGGUUUAUAAUGAAAAUUAUUAUCAUAAUAUAUCUAUUUUUUAUUUCUUCUACAUCUUCAAUAAUUGUGGAAUUAUUUCAGUCAAUUUAUGGACAGUAUCUACAACAAGGAAUACCCUUUAGGGAAAAUACUUAUUUAGGUAAUAAACCAAUACUACGUGAGUAUGAUUUUAUUGUCAUUGGAGCAGGUCCUGGAGGCAGUGUUGUUGCAAACCGUUUAUCAGAACAGUCAAAUUGGUCAGUAUUAUUAUUAGAAGCAGGUCAAGAUGAAUCUGUAUAUACAGAUAUACCAGGAGCAAUGAGAUUAUUACAAGACACAGAGUAUAAUUGGGGUUAUACUGCUGAACCUGCGAAAAAUGGUUGUUUUGGUUCUAAAGAUAAUCGUUGUCCGUGGCCAAAAGGAAAAGGCAUGGGAGGAUCAUCAAUAAUAAAUGCUAUGUUUUACACAAGAGGAAAAAAAGAAGAUUAUGAUACAAUUGCAGCACUAGGAAAUGAUGGUUGGGCUUAUAAUGAUGUAUUGCCUUAUUUUUUGAAAUCUGAAAACAAUUCUAUACCAGAAUAUCAAAACUCACCAUUCCAUUCACAAAAAGGAAAUUUACAUGUUGAACGAGUUAGAUAUCAUUCACCACUUGCUGACAAAUUUAUAGAAGCUGGCGGAGAAUUAGGAUUAAAAAAAAAUAUUGAUUACACAGUUGAUCCGGACUAUGGAGUAUCUCAUUUACAAGCCACAACUCUAAAUGGACAUAGAGUAAGUGCAUCUAAAGCCUAUAUUCGCCCAGUUAAGAAUCGUCAAAAUCUUCAUGUGGCUAUAUUCAGUCAAGUAACAAGAAUACUUAUUGAUCCAAAGACUAAAAAAACAGUUGGAGUAGAAUUUAUUAAAAAAAGAAAACAUAGAAUAGUAUAUGCUAAAAAAGAAGUUAUUUUAUCUGCUGGUGCCAUUAACUCUCCACAAUUAUUAAUGUUAUCAGGAGUUGGACCAAAAAAUCACUUAAAUAAUCUUGGUAUACCAGUAAUCCAAGAUUUACCAGUAGGACAAAAUUUACAAGAACACUACGGCACAGUUGCAUUGGAAUUCUUAGUAAACCAAACAGGUCCAUCACUCAACAAGCAAGCUUUAUCAAAUAUUUAUUUAUUUGAAGAAUGGUUUAAAUAUGGCAGAGGACCACUUACAGCACCAAAUGGAGUAGAUGGUUUAGGUUAUAUAAGAUCACCAUCCGGUAAAGAUGUUGAAUUAAUAUUUGCUCCUUUAUCAGAAAAACCAAAUACAUUCCUCAUCGCUACCUUAUUAUUACAACCAGAUGCCCGUGGAAGUGUAACUUUGAAAAAUAACAACUCAUUGCACCCACCUAUUAUGUCUUAUGGUUAUUAUGACAGUAAUACUGAUUUAGAAGAUAAUGUAUAUGCACUUAAAUAUGCAGUAAAAUUGGUAGAAGAAACACAAGCAUUUAAAGAUGUUUCAGCAAAACUGAACCCAGAACCAUACCCAAAAUGUAGCCACAUUGAAUUUAGAUCAGAUGAUUAUUGGGUAUGUUUAUCGAAACACUUGACAAACACUUAUCAUCACCAAUGCGGUACAUGCAGAAUGGGCGAUGUUGUCAAUAAUGAAUUACAAGUAAUUGGUAUCCAAGGAUUAAGAGUAGUAGACAGUUCAGUACUUCCACAUAUUCCUAGUGCACAUACUUACGCCCCAACUUUAAUGGUUGGGGAAAAAGCGUCAGACAUGAUUCGAAGUUAUUGGUCAAACAGACAAUGACAAAUUCAAUAAACUAUUUAUUUAUUUAUUUAAUUAUACUUAAUAUCAAUGUAGAUACAAGUCCAUGCAAAUGUCAUCACUUACCAGAAACAAUUAGAGCUUUGUUAGGUCCAACAGUGUGUAUUUGUCCCAUUUUUGUAUAUUAUUAAUAAAUGUUUUUAUGUUUCUUAACAUACAACCAUAAAUACAACAAUUUUAUGUAUAAAAUAGAA